AUGUCCCACCUCUCACCACUUGAGUCUGGCCUGCGCCGAACAUACUCCGCGACAAGUGUUGCCGCUUCUGCCACCACAUAUCACAGCUUCUACGAGGUUGAUGCGUAUCAACCUGUAUCCAAGGACUGCCCUGUGCGAGUCAGCUCACCCAAAUGGAAGGAGGAUGUGUUUCAGCCCGCAGCGAUGAAGCGCCAUGACUCCGGUUACGGAUCUAUCCCCUCGGGCUCCAACUCUGGUGGCUCUCAAACAUCUGGACGGAGGACAUCUACGACAUCCGGUGGCUCAUCUCAAACGCGGCCCUAUUCACGUCCGUCAAUCCGUCGUGCUGCUAGGUCGACACCCAGUCCUCGUAGCAGCCUUGCUAGCAGUCAUCAAGCUCAACGGCCCAGGUCACAGCAGCAAUCGUAUUCCUACUUCCAUUUCCCUAGUCUGGAGGUCUCCUUGGGAACUGACGAGGUUGCCCAAAGCCCCGAACCUAUUCAUCCCCCGCCUCCCCAGACGACACACUAUUGGACGAGCGACCACACCCGCAAACUCGAGUAUGCUGCGAUAGAUGCCGCGAGCCGAGGCAUCAGGGGCUGGAUUCUCAAGCAUGUGGUCCCAGACUGUUUUGUACCAAAGCAAAACCGGAGACUGGCUUUCGAUGACGACACGGGCAGUGUGCGCCGCUACCGACUCGAGCUCGAGUGUGACGAUAGCACAAAGCGAUGCAGAAAGGGCAAGACGAUGGGAUGGGCGAUUGGCCGAUCAUGA